UUGAGUGAGUGAUUAACUGCACCGAUUCCCAACGAUUGUGAAGUGUUUACCAUUACUAAGUUGUAACUUAAGUUGUCCCGACGGAACUCUAAGAGAUAGUCAAAGAGGAGACUUAUUUUUGGAUAAACUUUAUUGCACAUACAGGCACAAUCCUGAGAGUCAAGUGGAAUCCCUUGUUCAGCCAACAGCCACCCAUCGAGGCUCCCCAGGCGUGCGCCAUGUACGAGAACUCCUGUUCGUAUCAGACGGCGCUGGACCUGAAGAGGGUAUCGCCACCUACUCUCGCCCAGGUGAAGACAGAGGAGUGCCUUGCACUCGGACAGUGCUCGCCGGACUGGACCUCGUACCGCUUCCAUCAGUCCACCUUCGAGCAGCUGAAGCAGAGUGUGGAGAAGGCCAAAGCGGCGCUGCAGGAUCGCAGCAGUUUUUUCGGGGCCAGCAGUGCCUUUAGCGACAUCUACUCGAGCCAGCGUUUGACGGACUCCCUCGACACCCUGCCCGUUCAGUCCGGGAACGGAGGCGGCAAUUGCCUCGGCCUUCCACACAAUCCCAAUGUCGGAGUGGGCGUGUCCGGAGUGCUCAAUUACAAUGCGGUUAGCAGCAGUACGGCUGGAGUGCUGAGCAGCAGUGGGAACGGUGUGCAGAGACACCGAUUGGACACUCUGCAGCCGCCAUCCGGGUGCUCUCCUGCAGUCACCCAGCACGGCGUCAUCACGUCCAGCGCCGGACAGGUCACGUCCGGAACUCUGGAUGCGGUGAGUGCGGCUCCAGCACUUUCAUCGCUAACAGCGUCCAGCUCCUCGCAUGUGGAGCACAAAGUCAGGGCAGAUAAAUCCACGCUGGACUGCGCCACCACAUCCUCGCAUGCGUCGGCGCCCUCGUCCUCGUCCUCCGUCAGCGACCAUCAGCAGGGCAGGAUCAGCGGCAGCAAGAGCAGCACCGGAGGAGGGGCAUCGGCAUCAGGAGGCGGCGGCUCUGCACUGUAUUCCUCGUACAAAUCGUCGUGGGGCUCCCACAGUUCGACACAAUCGCAAGGUUACAGCUCGAACGCCCUGGGCAUCAAACAUGAUCCGCACUCACAACUACGGCAACCUGAUCCAUAUCAAAUGUUCGGACCCACCAGCAGCAGACUGGCCAGCUCAGGCUCUGGCCAGAUCCAGCUGUGGCAGUUCCUCCUGGAGCUGCUCUCGGACUCCAACAACGCCAGCUGCAUCACCUGGGAGGGCACCAACGGCGAGUUCAAGCUCACCGAUCCCGACGAGGUCGCCCGCCGCUGGGGCGAGAGGAAGUCCAAGCCCAACAUGAACUACGACAAGCUCAGUCGCGCCUUGAGGUACUACUACGACAAAAACAUAAUGACCAAGGUGCACGGCAAGCGGUAUGCGUACAAAUUCGAUUUCCAAGGCCUGGCAGCUGCCACUCAGCCGGCGGCCAGCGAUCCCACCUACAAGUACCAGAGCGACUUGUUCAUGACACCAUAUCACCACAGCGCCAAGCUCAGCUCGUUCAUGAGUCCGCACCAUGGCAUGACCUCAUCCUCGGCCUCGAUCUUCCCGUCGGCCGCCUCGUGGGGCAACUGGGGCAGUCCGGCCACGAAUCUCUACCAGCCGCACUCGAUGAGCCACGUGACUCCCUCCCACGUGGCGCCCCACCUGAGCAGCUAUCCCCACUACGCAUGACCAUCAUCGUCCGG